AUGAGCAUGCAGGGCGCCUCCAUGACAUUCCAGGCUGGGGGUAGGAUGCCCUCGGCUCAAGAUCCAUGCAUGAAUCAAUAUGUGACAAGUUCAGAGACUGCAAUUCAGAACCCGGGAACCCUCCUAUCUGAAUCUGGUGAUCUCUCUGAACCACCCACAAAGCGGUUGCGGAUCACGCAUAAUACCUUUGAUGCCACGACACCAAUCCGUUUGGAUGGUGCAGGACAAGCUGCUUCUCACGCUCAUUCGUUGCCGACUGAAGGGUCAAACCUUGCUUUUCCCAGUGAGAGAUUUGACAAUGGUGGCAGCAGCAGUACUCCUAAUGAAUCCACCACCUCAACCGACUUGACAUCUUCAUUUGAGCCGAAAACGUCUGCUUCUCCUCCACCGGCCCCCUUACAGUCAAUCCCUACACAGUCAGUUGUAUUUGGGCCUAAUGUGCUUGAAAGUGGUAAGGUCGAUUUAUCCAAAUGUCGACCUCGCGCAUCCAUUCCAUCCAAACUCCACCCAUCUGUCUAUGGUGGGCAAUGUGUUAGGGCGGCAUACGCGUCUCGUUUAAAUCCCUAUGCACUUCACCGUCAAGAGCAAGAUUUCCUACAAGAUCAUCUUUGCCAUGUUCACGUCACGAUAUAUCUUAACAUUCGAAACGGGAUUCUGCUACUCUGGGGCAGGAAUCCAAUGGUUGCUGUGACCAGGGAAGAGGCACUCGGAUGUGCAAAGGAUUAUCGGUGGAUGAACUUGGCUUCGUUUGCUUACGACUGGCUGGUUCGCAAUGGCUACAUCAAUCAUGGCUGUGUGGAGGCCCCAUUAGCUCCGGUGAAACCUAAGCGUGGAAGACGAAAGGAAGGGCCUACAAUUGUUGUCAUCGGUGCUGGAAUGGCAGGUCUGGGAUGCGCACGCCAACUGGAGAGCCUGUUCCGCCAAUACCGUGAUUCUAAUAUGUUGCCUCGCGUGAUUGUCCUUGAAGGACGCCGAAGGCUUGGUGGCCGCAUUUACUCCCACCCAUUGACUAGUCUGAAGUCUAAAAGCCUACCCAAAGGACUCGUUCCAAAGGCAGAGAUGGGCGCUCAGAUAAUUGUUGGCUUUGAUCAUGGUAACCCCCUAGAUCAGAUUGUUCGUGGUCAGCUGGCGCUUAACUAUCACAAAAUCCGAGAUGUCUCCACGAUCUACGACAUUGACGGGUCGCCAGUGAACGAGAAUCAAGAUGCGAUGGCUGAAAAGCUCUACAAUGAUGUCCUUGACCGAACCGGAUUCUACCGCCAUAAAGCCAAGAUCCUACCAACCGCUGAGGGGAACCGCGAGAUGAUUGAUGCUGGCCGAGAAUCAGUGGUAGACGAUGGACUCACUGUGCGACAGUACGAGGAGGCCAGAGCGGCCGGAACAAUUGACCUAUUGGUACCCACCAAGCGAGUUCGACGAGGAAUCAAACACAAGACUGCAGAGAAUCAAUUGUCUGUGGACGUCGCGAGUGAUCUGGUGGGAAACUCAGAUGAUGAUCCCGCAGCUUUGACCUGUCAGACUACUGGAUGGAAACUCAACCCUGGUUACACGGUGAGCGACACCAUCGAGUUAGACCACAUUGCGAAGGUAUCUCAGGCGCAGACACUUGGGGCAGUCAUGGACGAAGGCGUCAAACAAUAUCAGCGCAUGCUUCCAUUGACACCCAAGGAUAUGCGUCUGAUGAAUUGGCAUUUCGCCAAUCUUGAGUACGCAAAUGCGACAAAUGUGAACCGGUUGAGUUUGUCCGGGUGGGAUCAAGACAUUGGGAAUGAAUUUGAGGGUGAGCACUCCCAGGUAAUUGGAGGCUACCAGCAACUUCCCUAUGGGCUAUACAAUUUGCCAGAGAAGCUCGAUGUCCGUACACAGAAGAUUGUUACCAACAUCUCAUACAGUACCAGUGAAGGGAACAAAAAUUCGAAAGCGGUAGUCAAGUGCGAAGAUGGGGACACAUUCACAGCGGAUCAUGUUGUAUUCACAGGCUCACUCGGUGUCUUGAAACAACAGAAUAUUAACUUUGAGCCCCCUCUUCCCGAUUGGAAACGCGGUGCAAUUGAGAGAUUAGGAUUCGGUAUCAUGAAUAAGGUGAUCUUGGUCUUUGAACAGCCUUUCUGGGACACCAGGCGGGACAUGUUCGGUCUCCUUCGAGAACCAGCGAACGCUGUUACCAUGGUGCAAGAAGAAUAUGCAGCAAACCGUGGCCGUUUCUACCUGUUCUGGAACGUAAUGAAAACGACUGGACUUCCAUGCCUGAUCGCUCUCAUGGCUGGCGAUGCAGCCCAUCAAGCCGAAUCCAGACCAGACGAAGACAUUGUCAAGGAAGUCACUGGUCAGCUCCGCAAUGUGUUCAAACACACUCCGGUCCCUGAUCCCCUCGAAACAAUCAUCACUCGCUGGGGCCAGGACCCCUUCACAUAUGGCAGCUACUCCUACGUCGCCGCGUCAGCUUUCCCAGACGACUAUGACCUGAUGGCGCAACCAAUCGGCAACCUGCACUUUGCUGGCGAAGCCACCUGCGGCACUCACCCAGCAACUGUCCAUGGGGCAUAUCUAUCCGGCUUACGAGCAGCAUCUGAGAUCAUACUGCCAAUCGCUGGCCCGAUACAAAUGCCUCAUCCCUUGGUCCCAGACAAAUCUAAAGUCCGGAGCAAAUCCUCCACACCCACGGACUCAACAAAGAAAAAGCGAGGACUCACAUCCAGCUCCCCUGAAACGCCCUCGAACCUCAACACUCAACCCUCAAUCUCAAACUCCCGCAAACCAACAACAUCCGACCAAAACCGCCGUGACGCCUACGACCAAGCCCUCUGGACAACAAUCUACGCAGAAUUAGGAUCACCCCCGAUUCGACCCACCAAGUCAGGCCUGAACCCCUUCCUCUUUUACCAAAAAGACUUCUGGGCCCAAUGCCGCGAAAACUGUGACAAUUUGCGCCGCACGGCAUCCAAUAACCCCAAUGCAAAGGCUCCUCGUGAUGAAAUCCGCGCUGCACUCGGCCAAAUGUGGCGCUCUGCAACUCCUGCCGAGAAAAAGCCUUAUCUUGACCAGACGGAAAUCAAUCGUCGCGCCAACGCCGAGGCAUGGGAUAAGUGGAAAGUCGAUAUCGCGGAGUGGGAGCGUGGCACAUUUGUUGUCAAGGAUCGAUGGUGUGCCGAGAAUCCGUUCGAGAGUUGGGUGAUGCCUGAUUAUCUUGCUGAAGGGACUGCUCAGCCUGUUCCUGUGCUUGGUACGGCCUUUGAUGUGAAGUGA